UCCGUCUGAACCCCGGACACCAACAUCCAAAACAAGAAGAGAGCAACAGAAAUGGACUGCCGAGUACUUAGCUGUGGACGUUAGUGAAUGGCAAGAAACAUAGCAGCAAUGUGUUGAGAGAUCCCCUCUUCAGACGUCUGAUGACGUGUCUGCCAGAAUAUUACGCUGGGGAAGCAGUGGAGCGCACUGAAUCACAUCAUCAUCAGAUGGAUACAGAAUGAGAAGCAAGAUUUGCAGAUGAGACCAAAAUGCAUAUUCCAGUGCACCGCACGCUUUCCACAAGGUUUCUCUCGGACCAGUAGUUAUUUUUAUGAAUUCAUUAAGAUUUGACAGUGAUGCUUUUCUUGGAGGCGGUGAAUGACUCACUUUGAGGAAGUUGCUGAUGUAGAGGAAAAAAGGUCGACAUGGUAAGCUACCUGGCUAAUGUAGCUAGCCAUCGUUUGAAGAAAAGACAUAAUGUGUUUCCGUGCAUAACUCUGACAUGGAAUGUGAUUGAUCUCCGACAACCUACAGACAAAACAUCGAUAAUUGCGACUGAAUCAACAAAAAUUGAGAGGAGAACAUCCUUUGUUUUGGGGAGAGACCGAAGGAGGGAGGACCAACACCGUUCACGUUAGCUGAUACUGAUGCAUGAAUGUUGGAUGUUGUUUUGUCAGGGUAUCUAAAAUAUGGAUUCAACGUUGUAAAUACCUGGUUUGUUUUGAACCAACUAGCUAACUACAAUAGUUUCACUGUAUGUAACUAAUUAGGACAUUAUUAGCCAGUCAGUUAGCUAGCUAAUUAAGAAAGUAAUAGCAAGCCCAUUGCAAUUUGUUACUGGUUAGCCUGCUAGCUAGCUAACUAACUAGCUAGAUCGUUUAUUAUGGGACAGUAGCCCAUUGUUAGUACAGUAGGUAUUGACUGCUGAAGAGUGUCAGUCAAUAAAGCUGUCUGUCCACUGUCCAGUUAUUCUCUAGUAAUGGCCUUGUAGCUAAUGACCUUAUCUUCAAAUGGCACUGUUAAGGAUGUAGUAAGCUAUCUAAUGCAUGGUGCAAUAGUCACCAGUAAAAACACAGCCAGGAUUGUGCCAAAGAAGUAUAUCAUACUUUACUGAAUCUAGCUUGAAAGUUGAAAGUGGUUGGCACUUCACCAGAAGGGUCAUUACAUGGUUUUGGAACAGCAUUCUGCAAAUAAUUAUGUAGAAAACUUCAGAGGAACGUCACAUAACACUUUAUUGACAACACCCAAGUCCACCGCUUCGGCUAUGCGUCUCUCCUCCUUCCUGGCCGUGUUCAGGCCUGCUCUUCCCCUUAUCCUGGGGCUCUCUUUAGGAUGCAGCCUGAGCCUGCUGAUGGUCUCCUGGACCCAGGGAGAUACAGAUGACUCGUGUGGAGAUGAACUGGGCAAUGGGGGUCUCUUCCUGGGCAGCAAUAGGGGAGAUCCCCCAGAGGACCAGAGAGGUGGUCCUGGGAAUGAGGACUUCCAGCCCCGCAUUGUACCAUACCACAAGGACCCCAACAAACCACACAAGAAGGUCCUCAGGACGCGCUACAUCCACACUGAACUGGGCAUCCGAGAACGCCUCCUGGUGGGUGUGCUGACCUCGCGGGCCACCCUCAACACGCUGGCCGUGGCGGUGAACCGCACCGUGGCCCACCACUUCCAUCGCACCUUCUUCUUCACGGGCCUGCGCAGCCCUAAGGUACCCCACGGCAUGGCGGUGGUGGCCCACGGCGACGACCGGCCCGUGUGGCUGAUGUACGAGACGGUGCGCCACUUGCACCAGCACUACGGCUUGGAUUACGACUGGUUCUUCCUGGCCCAGGACGACACCUACAUGCAGGCCGAGAGGCUAGCCGAGCUUGUGGGCCACCUCAGCGCCGGUCAGGACCUCUACAUGGGCCGGGCCGAGGAGUUCAUCGGUGGGGAGGAGAGGGCCAGGUACUGCCACGGGGGUUACGGCUACCUGCUCUCCCGGAGCUUGCUGGCCCGCCUGCAGCCCCACCUGGACACCUGCCGCAAUGACAUCCUCAGCGUCAGGCCUGACGAGUGGCUGGGCCGCUGCAUCAUCGACUACCUGGGCCUGAGCUGUGUAGAGGUGCACCAGGAGAUGACGUAUCGCUACUUUGAGCUGGGGAAGAAUGCAGACCCAGAGCGAGAGGACAGAGCCCAGUUUAAGAAUGCCUUCACGGUCCAUCCCGUGUCAGAACCCAGCCUCAUGUACCGCCUGCACAAACGCUUCAGCCAGAUCGAACUGGACUGGACCUACCUACAGAUACAGCAGCUGCAGGUCCAGAUCAACAACCUGAGUGAGCUGACCCCAGAGGGGAAGGCGGGGGCCACCUGGCCCAUCGGGGUCAACCCCCCUUUCAAGCCCAAAACGCGAUUCGAGGUCAUCAACUGGGAGUACUUCACAGAGGAGCACAUUUACUCGUGCCCCGACAGCUCCCCCAAGUGUGAGCUGCGUGGCGCAGACCGGGCCGACGUGAGCGCCGUGCUGGAGACGGCCGUGGAGCGCCUCAACGAGCGCUACCAGCCCCAGCUGCGCUUCAGGAAACGGCAUCUGCUCAACGGCUACAGGCGCUUCGACCCCACCCGGGGCAUGGAGUACGUGCUGGACCUGGCCCUGGAGGCUUUCACCCAGAAGGGUCACAACCAGGUCAUCGCCAAGCGGGUCAGCCUGCUCCGCCCUCUCAGCACCAUCGAGAUCAUCCCCAUGCCCUACGUGACGGAGGCCACCCGGGUGCAGGUUAUCCUGCCAGUCACAGCCCACGAGCAGGACUAUGUGAGCAACUUCCUGGACAUGUACGUGAUGAACACUCUGGACACGCAUGACAACGUCCUGCUCACCUUCCUGUUCGUCUAUGACCCCUUCGACGCCCAACGGAUCAGUCAGGCCGACGUGUUCGCCGGCAUCAAGGCCAUGAUUGGCGAGGUGGAGAAGCGCUACGGCGACGUGAAGAUCCCCUGGAUCAGCGUCAAGACGGAGGUGCCGUCGCAGGUCAAGCUGAUGGACAUCAUCUCCAAGAAGCACCCGGUCGAUACGCUCUUCUUCCUGGCCUCGGUGUGGACCGAGGUCAACGCCGACUUUCUCAAUCGCUGCCGCAUGAACGCCAUCAGCAACUGGCAGGUGUUCUUCCCCAUCCACUUCCAGGAAUUCAGCCCGGCCAUCGUGUACCGCGACCAGCAGCCCUCAGCCGCCUCCUCCUUCACCGCCGAAGCGCUGCGCGAUGGACGCUUCGACCGCCACGUCUUCGAGGAGGCCUGCUUCUACAACGCCGACUACAUGGCGGCGCGAACCAAGAUGGCCGCCGACAUCCUGGACAACGAUGAGCUGCUGGAGAGCAUGGACGUGUACGAGAUCUUUGUGCGCUACUCGGGCUUGCACGUGUUCCGGGCGGUGGAGCCAGCGCUAGUGCAGAAGUAUGUGCGGCGGGAGUGCAACCCGCGCUUCAGCGAGGACAUCUACCACCGCUGUGUGCUCAGUAACCUGGAGGGCCUGGCCUCGCGAUCCCACCUGGCCAUGGCCCUGUUUGAGCAGGAACAGGCCAACAGCACCUAGGUGGUCUAGUGGGGCUCUUCCACUGCAGCACUGGUGUCACGCCAGACUUUUCUGGACCAGGCCUCAGAAGGCAACAUCUAUGGGCCUAACACUGGUGCAGUGCCUGACAGUGGAAAUGCACCAUACUGUAGGUCUACCAUCUAAUGACAUUAUGAACGUCAACCACACUGCCUCGACUUUUAGACAAGGCAUGUUAUGGGAUGCUUAAUCUUCAGACGGAUCCCUAAGGACCCAUGUGCAAUCUUAGGCCUGCGAAGACUGAGGAGCAAUGUUACAACGUGUAUUCCUGCUAACUGUGUGUGCAGGCGGACAGAACUCUGUGCUUUCACACCAAUGGUAGCCCAAGGGGAGGCUCUAUUGGGAGGUGAUGAAUGAACAAUGAACAGCAUUUAUGUCUAUUUAGGGCUGGGCAGUAUACCGUAUUUUACUAUGUACUGUUAUUGAUGCACGGACCAGUUUGUGUUUAUACUUUAUCUUCUAUAACGGUAUUUGUGAUACGUCACUCUGGCUCGUGUAAUGUCAGUUUUUAUAGUUUACUCCGUUUGCUACUUGAGUUGUCUCUCUCUCCUCCUGCAUGCCACUUCCCCAUGUGCUUCCCUGCCAAUCCCUGCCCCCGUCACUGUUGGUUGUCAAUGCCGUGCCGUUCACUUUGUCUGCAUGGUCAGAUGUAACCAGAUGUUAGUGAUUUCCACUUUGCUUCUUAAUAUAAUUCCAAAAAAGUUCUAUAAUUACAUUAUUUUAUGUAUAUUACAGUCUGCAAACUAGUAAUUUGUCUUUUGAGAGACGCUAAAUAGUGUUUGGGCUAAUUGCUAGUUAGCUAACUAGCAAGCUAGCUAAAUGUACACAGAGAAAACGUAGCUAGCUAAUAAAACUUGAUACCAGUACUGGUGUAGGCCUAGUUCAGCAUGUUGUUUGUGCAAAAGUAUCUUCUAAAUCAGAGAUGGAGAAGCAUGAAUAUGUUAGCUAGUGCUAGAUAACUACAUGAAGUAAGAGAAAACAUGUAAUGUAACAUUAGGGUCCACUGGGAAACACUGACCAACACUUUGGUUCCUACCAUGUCACAAUUAUUCCUCCCUGGCUUUUUCAUUCAUUGUCAUGUCAAACAACAAUGUAUUCAAAGUACUGUCCACUAUAUUCCAACAAUAGCAUUAGAAUAAUCAUUCUAUUUCCAUGAUUCCAACAGUUCACCAAUUAAUUAGGACUAUAUAUUUUGCCCAUAUCAUGCAGCCCCACGUGGCAGAGUGUAAAUGAUAACAAAUGAGUGCAGGAAAUGCAGAAAUAUCGUGAUAAGAUAUUUUGGUCAUUUCGCCCAGCCCUAUGUCGGAUGUUUACAAUGUUUUGUUUUGCCUUGAGAAAAUCGCCAUGAGUUAUAUGUCUUCCUUCAUGACUGUGCUGAUUUAUGAUGCUAAAACUGGAAUUAAAGAGAAUUAAGUGUC